AAGCUCCCAACGCCCUCAACACCGACUAGCAUUCCCUCUUCAGUUCGCUCAAUUCACGCGCAACUCGAUAACCUAUAACAUCCGGAACUAGCGCGGCUUGACGCGGUGGUGGGCUCUUGGUCACUCGUGUUUGUCUCUGCCUACCUUUGCCGACAAUCCAGCUCCUUCGGAGAGCUGCGGACAAUCGCUUGAAUCUCCGCCCUCCCAACAUCUACAUCACCUCCCCCGGCCGAGCCACAUACAUUCAUACAAAAUGGCCGCUCGACUUCCUCUGGGCCAGGUACCGGCGAUGUUCGCCCGCCGGCAGCCCACGGUGCUCCGUGCCUCUCGACGUCUCCAAUCUUCCUCAGCUCCUCAAACUCAGAACCCCGCCUACCCCCUCUACCCCUCCGUCAUCCAGCUCCUGCACGAGAAGAACAUCCCCGAGUCGGAAAUUUCCAAGAUCCCCGCCUCCGGCCCCAAGGGUCGUCUCCUGAAGGGUGACGUUCUCGCCUACAUUGGCCAGAUUGGUGCUGAAUAUCCGGCCAACCAGGCCGCGACGCUGGCCAAGCUCACAUACCUUGACCUGAGCAACAUUAAGAUCGCGGCACCGGCCCCGAAGCCCGCCGCGCCGGCCGCGGAGGAGAAGAAGGCGGAGGUCGCACAGCCCGCGCCCAUGUCCUCAAUCGCCAUUUCCAUCUCGUUGUCGGCCGUGCUGUCCGCGCAGAAGAAGAUUCAGGAGAGCCUAGGUGUGACGGUUCCUCUGUCCCGUUUCUUGGCCAUUGCCACGGACCUUGCCAACGACGACCUGCCUCGCUCCAAGAGCGAGAAGCCCUCUUCGGAUGAAUUGUUCGAGGAGCUUCUCGGCGCCGAGCCUGUCAACACAUCGCGCGGCGAUUACAUCCCCGAGCUGAACGCUUUCGAAGCCUCCGAAGCCCGCCAGCCCGAGCCCGUGGUUGAGGAUAUCAUUGAUUUCCUGAGCGCCAAGCCCGGCAAGAAGACCGUUGCUUCCUCCGUCUCUGCUGUGGAGGGCGGCGCUGCCCAGAAUGUGUUCAGUCUGACUGUCCCCGUGAGCGAGGAGCUGCGUGCCAAGACCUUCCUCGAGCGGAUCAAGACUCUUCUGCAGGUCGAGCCUGCCAGGCUGGUGCUUUAAAAUUGUCAUUUCUCGUUAUAAAUCUCCCCAAUGUCUUGGAGCUUUUUUUUUCUUUCUCAAUUUCCCUUUGUCCACUCAUGUCAUCUCCACACUGCGUUGGGUUCAAGGCAUCUGUAUUUAGUAUAGCAUAGAUAAUCCGAUACCGCCUUGAUCGGCUUGAUAAACACUCUAUU